AUGGCAGGCAAUCAGGCAGUGUCGGAGAAUCCGCCCUACGCUCAGGAGCACCUCUCGACCAAUGGCUCGGAUUGGUUGUGGACUGUGUUUUCUAUCAUGGCUCUCGGCACUCUGCUGACUGCUGGUGCGGCGAUUAUGAGGCCCCGCGGCACGCGUUUCUUCCACCAGUUGGCGGUCAUCAUCCUCACGACUUCCAGUAUUGCCUACUUCUCCAUGGCAUCUGACCUGGGUGCGACGCCCAUCACUGCCGAGUUCCGUGGCAAUGAGACUCGCCAGAUCUGGUAUGUUCGCUACAUCCAGUGGUUCAUCAACUUCCCCACUCUCCUGCUUGCCAUGCUGCUGGCGACUAGCCUACCCCUGUCGGACAUCGUGACUACGCUCUUCAUGUCGCUCGUCAUCGUCGUCAGCGGCCUCGUCGGUGCGCUCGUGCACAGCACUUAUAAGUGGGGUUAUUACACCUUCGGUGUCGUCGCUCUGUUCUACAUCUGGUACGUCCUCCUCUGGCACGCCCCCGCCUCAAGCUUCGUCGCGGCGGUAUCGCGGGAAUGUCAUCACGGUCACCUCCGAGAUGAUCUGGUACGGCAUCCUCGACCUCUUCACGGCCCGAUCUUCCUGGCGCUCUUCCUCUGGCAGCUGCGCGACAUCGACUACGAGGCGUUUGGCCACCGGUCUGGCAUGUACGCCAACCAGAACGCGACGGCUGUGCGUGGCGAGAAGGUUGCUCCCCCAGUGGCGGCCGCCGCAACUGGCCCUGCUCCUGCCGCUGCACCAGCGCCUACUGCUGCCGCUCCUCAGCAGACUGUAUGA